GAAUGGGUCUGGUGCUAACAUCGAGCUAACGCUAAAGUCACGGUAUCACUCCGUCAGCCGGUCAGUUCCUUAGCUUAGCCUAGUAGCUGCUGCCGCCGUGCUAACGCCGAUGCUAAUGUUAACUUGUUGAAACAACAACAAACUGAAGCUAUGCUAGCUCACCGUCUAGCAGUUAGCACCAGUUGGAAGGUGAAGCAGCUACUGGGUCAGACGCUAACAGGCUAACUGAGGUUCAGUAGACACUGGUUCAGAUUCUGAUCCAGAUCCAGAUCUGUAUCCAAACGAAGCGUCUGAAUUCAUAACAGUGUCCUGUGAAGCUGACCUGUGUCCAGCUGAGUCAGCAGUACCGCCGCCGAUGUUUCCGGCUGCAGAACACAUCUGAGCGGACUCUGCGGCCGUUUGCCUUCACGUGUGACCGAAACCUCUGCGUGUUCAGCAGCAGGAUGCUGCAUACUGCUGUCGAGAGUCGAGGACCCAUCGUCCAGUUCAAACUGUCAGACAUCGGAGAGGGGAUCAUGGAGGUGACGGUAAAGGAGUGGUACGUGAAGGAGGGGGAUAAAGUUUCUCAGUUCGACAGUAUCUGUGAGGUUCAGAGCGACAAGGCGUCGGUCACCAUCACCAGCCGCUACGACGGAGUCAUCAAAAAACUGUACUACGAUGUGGACGCCACAGCCUUGGUGGGUAAACCACUGGUGGACAUUGAGACAGAGUCUGGUUCAGAGGUGAUCCAGGAGGAGGACGUGGUGGAGACGCCAGCUAUGGCUCGAGAAGAACACACCCACCAGGAGAUCAAAGGUCACAAGACCCAAGCCACGCCUGCCGUGAGACGCCUUGCCAUGGAGAACAACAUAAAGCUCAGUGAGGUAGUGGGGACGGGUAAAGAUGGACGGAUCCUGAAGGAGGACAUCCUGAACUUCCUGGCGAAGCAGACGGGAGCCAUCUUGCCUCCGACCCCCUUCCAGGAGAUCCAGACUCCGGGUCCAGGUCCAACUCCUGCCGCUGCCACCAAGCCUGCAAGCACUCCGGCAGCCAGCAGACCCCCACCCACCACACCCAAACCAGUAUUCACUGGGAAGGACGUCACUGAGCCCCUCAAAGGCUUCCAUAAAGCCAUGGUGAAGACGAUGACGGCGGCUCUGAAGAUCCCUCACUUCGGUUACUGUGACGAGCUUGACCUGAGCCGCCUGGUGGUCCUGAGAGCUGAACUCAGGUCUGUCGCUGAAGGUCGAGGGGUCAAACUGAGCUACAUGCCUUUCUUCAUUAAGGCUGCCUCACUCAGCCUCCUCCACUUUCCCAUCCUGAACGCCUCGGUGGACGAAGCCUGCCAGAACAUCACCUACAAGGCGUCUCAUAACAUCGGGCUGGCGAUGGACACCAGUCAGGGUCUGCUGGUUCCUAACGUGAAGAACGUUCAGCUGCUUAGCGUGUUCGAGAUCGCUCAGGAGUUAAACCGUCUGCAGGUGCUGGGAUCCACCGGUCAGCUGGGAACCGCCGACCUGAGCGGAGGAACCUUCACCCUGUCCAACAUCGGAUCAAUCGGGGGAACGUACGCUAAACCCGUGAUUCUUCCUCCUGAGGUUGCCAUCGGAGCUCUGGGAAAAAUCCAGGUUCUUCCUCGGUUUGACGGCGGCGGUCAGGUGGUUCCGGCUCACAUCAUGAAGGUCAGCUGGUCGGCGGAUCACCGCAUCAUCGACGGCGCUACCAUGUGUCGCUUCUCCAACCUGUGGAGGGAGUACCUGGAGAACCCGGCUAGCAUGGUGCUGGACCUCAAAUAAACAGGAAUGUUUCCCAUCAGCCCCAGGGAGGACAGAGACGCCACACUACCAGACCUUCACCUCUCCCCCCGCUGCCUUCGCUUCAUCUUUCUGUUGGAGGCCUUCCUGUUUUGCUCGCUGUCGUUUCCUUGUUGCCUUUGAGCGAGGCAUCGAAGGGAGGGGAAGAGGUCGGCCUGUCAAUCGUGUUGUUUCCAUGGCGAUCAGUCACGCACAGAGCGGAGGUUAGAGGUAGUUAGCGACCCAGGGUUCAGCUCUUCACUCAUCUGGACGUUUGAGUUCAGCUCUGAGCAGAUUCACAGGAUCAGUCCUCGCUCGAGCUGGAUGAUCUGUCGGUGCUGGAUCAUCCACCGAGGCGGGUUUCGCUGAAUGAUCGGUAUCGAUCACACCAAUAUCGAUCAGGCCCGUCAAUCAAUUUGCCAACCAACGACACGUUCUCUGUAUCUGAGCCUGUGAGCUGAAUCAUUGAGUGGGUUUUGAAGCGAAUGCUCAGGUUCUCCGCCCGAGGUCGCCUCCGUCACUUUGGCUAGUUAAGAAAUAAUCAGAAUCAUAAAAAUAAUCCAUCGAUGGAUCAAUAAUGAAAAUGAUCGGCUCUUGCGUGUUGAGUGAUUCGCUGACAUGAUCAAGUCAGAAGCUCCAGAACAGACGAAUGAUGAUGUGGUAAUUGAAUUAAACUUUAUUAGUAGUAACAGACACCAUGUGAACAGUCAGUUGUCCAUAGGCCGGUUUGGAUUGGCUGAUCGACCCUCCCUCAGUGAUUGGUCUGUCCUCUCUGCAGCUGGUGGGGUUAAAACGAAAAUCUGGACAAAAACUGACAGCUGUCCGAGUGAAGGUGAAGCUACACACUGUGUACUGUAUAAAACAAAUAGGACGUGAACCAGUGGGGACGUGGACUGUUGACCUGUGGUGGUCUGUGGGUCCCCCGGGGAUCCUAAACCACAAAGUGCCGUCUGGCCUCUGUUUUCAUCUCCUGUUGGUUCAGGGCAGAGAAACAGAAACACACUAACCUGACUCACACUGUUCCUACCUGUGUCUCACCUGUUCUCAACCUGCUGCUUAUUUCCACAUCCAGCAGCUGCAGGUCACUGCGAUCCUUCACCUGGAGUGGUCUCUGAGUCCACCUGAGGACUCUCAGUCCAGUGUCCCUCUCUUUUAGCUCUGUGUUUGGUCUCCACCAGCUCCUGAGGGAAACAUCUGGCUCUUUAGCUGCUGAACGUUCCUCCAUGUUCACUCUCUGGUUCUCUGAUGGUGAUGAGCUGCUCCUCUAGAAAACCUUCACUAAACUCCUGUAUGUCCCUGAAGCAGCUGGAUGUUUCACUCGUGUCUCCUGAACGUCUGUGUCCUGGUGGCUGCUGGGUAAAAAGCACAUGGUGUUGGUUGUAUGUUACGUGGUGUUUGUCUGUCUCAUGUGAUGAAAAUGUUUUUCCUGCCUUGUGUUUUUGUUUUUAGCGACACACUAAGAGUAAAGGUUUCACACCUUUACAGAGUUAGGUUUUAUAUUUUUAGGGAAUGUGUUGAUCAGUGUUCAGCUCCUGGCGUCUGAGAUGAUUCAACUCAUAAAGGUGUGAAGCGUUUGAACCCUGAUGAAAAACCGAAUAAAGCUGAAGUGCACAAACCUGAAA